AUGGCAGCAGUACUACAACGUCAACCUUUAACCAUAAAACAGCAGGUCGAAGAGUUAAAAAACUGGCACAAACAACAACAAAGUAAAAUAGAUGAUAAAACAGUAGAUAGAAACUCUACUAGUAGGGAAAUAAAAAACAAUGGUUAUUUUACAAACCCAUCUUGCGAAUCAAGCCCAAACUCGAGAAUAAACUUUGACGAAAUUCCUAUUAAAGUAAGCAACAGUAAUUUUACAGCCCUUGUUGAAAAUAAUGUAAGCCCCGUGGAUUCUCAUGAAACAAAAAAACUAGAAGGAAAAGACAAACCUAAGUUCCGUUUUUUAAAAAGAGGAGAAGGUAUAGCUAGAUUUAAUAUGGGCCCAUCUAAAAACAGUAAGAAAUUCAUUCCAAGAAGACAACCUAGCCUCAAGCUAAUAAAAGAGCCAGCAAAAUCAUCUGAAAAUCCAAAACUUGUAAGUCAUCAUAGCAGUAUCCAAUCAAGAAAAAGUGAAGAUAUUCCAACGCUUAAAGCUCCUGACCUAAAACUAAACUUUACUUGGAAAAGCAUUCUAAGUGGUGGAAAUCCAGAAGAUAUGUUGGAAAAGGUUAUCAAUAGCAAUCAUUUUGAAAAAAUGGACCCCAACUCAAGCAUUGACUCUUCAACUGCUUCGUUGAUGGAAAAACUCUUAGCGUUAGGUAAAAACAGAUUGUCUAGGGAUAGGGAGGAGCUCAGAGUUUUUGAAACACUAGAGCAACAUAUGUUGGACUCCAGUUUUUGUUCCACCUCAUCAUAUGUAAACAAGCUAAUGGAAAAUGCAGUAAUGUCAACUCCGAAUAAAGGGAAAAUUGAGAGUCAACAGUACAAAACACAAGCAAUCACAUCAAAAUACAGCAAUCAGUUACCUGAAAAAAUACAAAGUGUGAUUGAGCAAAAUACCCAAGAAAAAACUGUGGUUCCUGGUAUGGCUGCAGCAUCUGCACAUGAGGCAAAGAAUGACAAAGAAGAAAAUAUGACUGAAAAUGGCGUGAUUAAUGAGGAAUUACAAAGUUAUCAGAACAAGAAUAAAAACAGUACUGAACUGGAACCUCGUCAUGCAGUUGCUACUUGGACAACAAAUGCAAACAGAAGUGAAGAAAAUUGUAUUUCAGUUGAAAGUAGCUUGGAAGAUUGUGAACAAAGUUUACAUGUAAGAUUUGCUGACAAGAUUAAUUAUAAGAGCUUUGUUGAACAAUCACAAUCUAUUGAUAGUGGAAGUCUUAAAGAUGGUAACAGAAUUACAGAAUUUGACGAGAGCCAUGAAUGGAGAGAAGAGAGCAGCAGCAGUUGUAGUCAGUGUUCCAAUCAGUCUUCAGAUGAAGAUGCUAGACCUUUUAUACCUCAAGAUGAACAAUCAUUUAGAAAUCUUCAAAAUGAGAGAAACCCUUCUCAGGAAUGCCUAAGAGUUACCGACCUAUUAAAAAAUGAAAACCAUGAAAAUAAUGAAGCUUCUUCAAACAAUGAUCACAACUUUCCACCUUUAUUGUUAGCAAAACUAAAAGAACUGGAAGAAGAAAUAAUAAUCUUUCGUGAAGAAAACAGUAAUAUCAAAGCCCUGAGAGAAAGUUUAGAAAGAGAACGUAGGCAGAUACAAGAAGAAAAAAGGCGAAUGAAUUUGGAAAAGAAAAAGUUGCAAAAAGAAUUAGAGGAAGAAAAGAAACAACUGAAAGCUCAUCUUGAGGAAGAGAAACAAAAAUUAGCAAAGGAAAAAGUAACAUUUGAGAAGUACUCUAAGUCGCUAACGAAAAAUCCUACUAGGGAAGAAAGAAAAGAAAUUCAGGCUUUAAAAGAACAAUUAACUGAAAUGAAAGAAGAACUCAACAAAAAAGAAAGUCGAUGGGGAGCUGCUCAAGCUAGGGUAAGAAAUCAAGUGAAAGUUCUUGAGGAAGAUAAUAAAAAAUUAAAGGAAGAAAUUGAAACUUUUAGAAAGCAGGCCAAAUACUGGGAUCUAUUUAACCAGAAGAAAAAAGGGAAACCUUUCAACAACACAAAAUUAAUCCAUGCUAUAAGUGAACAUAUUUCAAACCUUGUACUUGAUGAAGAAAAUCAUCGAGAAAAAAGUAAUAAGAAUGAAGGUUGUUUUACAAAGAAAUUGUCUGGUACUGAAACCACCCAAUCGAACUUCAGAUCGUCUGCUACCCAAUUAGACCUUCAAAGCAUGUAUGGCGUCAAAGUAAUAAGACAAAAUGUGAACAGGGAACCGCCAAAUUUUAAUAAUACAUCAAAAUCAAAUCCUACCCAAGAAGAAAUUUCAGUAAAUAAGGCAGAAUCUGUUGUUACUUUAAACGAUUCCCAAGGUUCUAGUAAAAAGAUUACAACAAUUACCUCCACUCAAGCUGAAAUUUUUGACAAUAAUUCUCAAGUGGCAGACAGAUGUUCAAAACCUCAAUUAGAAGAAGAAUCUAACACUAUAAAAGAAGUUACCGAUGAAAGUGGUAAUGUAGAAAUAACGUUUCCAAAUGGAAACAUUAAAAAGAUGAACAAAAUCACUGGCAGUGAGAAAUACAUUUACAUAAAUGGCGAUGUGGAAGAAAUUACUCGUGAUGGUACGGUAAAGUACUAUUACUCUAAAAGUCGAAUUUGGCAAACAACUCUUCCAGAUGGUUUGGAAAUCGUGGACUUUCCUGAUGGCAAGAUUGAAAAGCGGCACGUGGACGGUACAGUCGAAAUAGUGUAUUCAAAUAACAAUAAGAAAAUAUCUUACCCUAAUGGAUCUCAAGAGAUUAUCUACACAGACGGAACUCGACUUAGAAUCGAAGCUGACAAAACUCAAAUAUUGACUCUUCCAAACGGGCAGAAAGAAAUACACACUGCUGAAUGGAAACGGAGGGAAUACCCAGAUGGAACUAUGAAAACUUUGUUUCCAGAUGGAACCACAGAAACUGUCUACUCAAACGGUAGAGUUCGGUUGAAAGACAAAUAUGGGAAUUUAGUCAUGGACUCUGGCUCACCAUCCCAUGGAUUUACUCAGUGAUAAAAUCACUUUGAAAAUUUCCUUUAUUAUUCCAUCUUGCAUAGUUGUUGAGUUGUAAGAGUAAUUGUGACAAUGAAAUGCUGUAUUUUAAGUUUAACAUUUUAGAAAUAAUUUUGUUUAGCCAAAGACUCUUCUAUAAUGUUGAUGAUUGUUGAUUUCCAUAUAAUGCUCUGUUAAUGUUACAAUUUCUUUGUAAAUAUUAUAAAACUUAUUUUGUACUGCUGUAAAAAGUUUUGUAAAUGACUAUGUUGUAUCUAAGUGGUGCAAUAAAAACUAUU